AUGGACACAGCCAAGGCGAACACCACUAUAAAGCAGGGCAACUUCAAAGUCUGGGAGAAGGAGCUACUCGAUAGCCCGGAGGUUCGUCGCAAGGCCACCGUCGCUCAGCUCUACUUUCUCGACUACUACUUCCAGCUGCUCGGAUACAUUGCUCACCGCAAGGAGCGACGGGCGCGCUUCGAUGAGGACACCACGAAGCGUCAACUUACCCAAUCCGAGUAUGCCCAAGAGUUCAAGUCCUACCGCGGUCGCGAACGCACCCUCCUCCGCAAACGUCGCGUCAAACUGCGCGUAGAUCAGUUCCAGAUCAUCGCUCAGGUCGGCCAGGGCGGGUACGGCGAGGUCUUCCUAGCACGGAAAGCGGACACGCGCGAGGUCUGUGCGCUCAAGAAGAUGAAGAAACGGACUUUGUUUAAGAUGGACGAGGUCCGGCACGUCCUGGUCGAGCGUGAUAUCCUUACCGCGACAAAGACUCCGUGGUUGGUGCGUCUUCUUUACGCCUUCCAGGACCCCCAACACGUAUAUCUUGCUAUGGAAUACGUUCCCGGAGGUGAUUUCCGCACGCUCCUCAACAACGCUGGCGUUUUGAAGGAGGAGAUCGCGAGGUUCUACAUCGGCGAGAUGUUCACUGCCGUGAAUGAGCUACACAAGCUAGGUUAUAUCCAUCGAGACUUGAAGCCGGAGAACUUCCUGUUGGAUGGUUCGGGUCAUGUCAAGCUGACUGACUUUGGGCUGGCCACCGGAGCACUCAAUCCUCAACGGAUCGAGUCUCUCAAAGUCAAGCUGGACAAAGUGAAAGAGAACGAGAUCAUCCACCGCUCGACACUCGAGCGCCGCUCUAUUUACCGCUCCAUGCGGCAACAGAUUCCUCGCUACGCCGACUCCAUUGUCGGAUCGCCAGACUACAUGGCCCCAGAGGUGCUUCGCGGCAAACCAUACUCGUUCUCAGUCGACUACUGGUCUCUUGGCUGCAUUCUGUUCGAGUUCCUUGCUGGAUUCCCGCCGUUCAGCGGACGGACCCCAGAGGAAACGUGGACGAACUUGGACAAAUGGACAUCAGUGCUGCAGAGGCCGGUGUACGACGCGCCGGAGGACCAAGUGUUCAACCUGACCGACAUCGCAUGGGACGCGAUCACGAAGCUCAUUGCACACGCGAGCGUGCGCUAUGCGACGCUCUCGCAGGUGCGCGACCACGCAUUCUUCAAGGGCGUGCAGUGGGACGACCUGCGCGGGGCGGACCCGCCGUACGUGCCCGAGCUCACGGGCGACGACGACACGGGUUACUACGACGACUUCACGUCCCCACAGGACAUGCAGAAGUACGCGGAGGUGAUCGAGAAGCAGCGCCACGUCGACCGCGUGCGCGAGAAGGAGGAGCCCGCCGCGCGCGGUGUGUGGGUCGGCUUCACGUUCCGCAAGAACGGGCCGAUGGCGAUCGGCGGCGGCGCGCGGGGCGGCGGGGACGACGAUGGCGCGCUUGCGACCAUCUUCUAG